AUGCCACCGUCAACUGGCCAGACGCAAAACCUUGCAGAUGGUUCAGUCGAAGCUGUUCAUGCGCUCGUUCGGUCCAUUGCUGGAGUGCCUUUACCAGAGGGCUCAGCCGUCCCGCCAGACUCAGAUGUCAUGAAGAAGCUGACUGCGAAGCUGAGCGAAUUGGUCGGUGAAGAUGCCGCCAACGCAUUUGCCAGUAGUUACGAUAAUCCUGCGCAACGUUUGAAUGAGGAGGGACUACCGAUUGUCGAGAUCACGGAACCAAUAGCCAAUAGCGAUACCUUCAACGAAACCUCUGGCACUUCGCUCGAUGAUGACGAAUUGACCCCCUUGUCUAUGCUCUCCCCGCAGGAGCGUGCAAGGAGGAAACGCGAACAAGAACGAAUAUUUGAUCUUCUAGAGGAAGAGGAAAGGUUGGAACAAGCAAGAAUUGAUGCGGCCGAAUCAAUGGAACGGGAAGAGCGUAUGGAGAAGAAGGGUGCUGCUAAAACAAGCCUGCAUAGUAUGCGUGCGCAGAAGGAAAUGCAAAGGAAGAUGGGCAAGGCGCUGCUGAACACCUUGGGAGAUGUCAAGUCAACGAAACCCAUGGAGCCCGCAAAGCCCUCCGCUGCAGCAUCAACCAGUUCGAAGAAGGUUUCCUUCGCCGAAGAUCCUACGACUGAAGGAACAUACGCUGGCGAUUCGAGUACCAUAUCCCUGGCUCGCUUGCAGAAGCUCGAUAGACCGAAUCUCAUCUCCCAAUUGUCCAAGAACACACCUAUGAAGGCGGAGGUCGUGGAGCGCGGAAUACGUGGAUCUCAACCUAUCGCCCCAAGUAUCGCAGAGGAAGACUCAGACGACGAAAGUGUACAAUCCGAGGUAUCUGAAAGUGGCAUGCAUCACCAAGACGACUCGUCCCGAUCAAGCGAGGUGGAGGAUAGCGAGGAUGACGAGGAUGCCCAUGGGGCACCUCAGCUGGAAGAUGAAGAGUAUGACAUAGAUACCGCCCAGCAUAACCGCGAGAUAGCGCUAGCGUACUAUGCCAAACGGGAAACAGUAGGAGCGGCUGCUCGUGAAGCUAUAGAGCAACUUGAAGGCGACGAGCCUAGGGAUCCGGAGUUGGCCAAGGAUUCAAAGCCGUCCGUUUCGCGGUUCGGUGCAGCUAAGAUGGCUUCGGCAUACGGCGCGUCUGCACCCUCGCAGUCGCUACCAACCGUAAUACCCGAAUCGAGCAUCAAGACCGUACAAAGCGCUAUACGCUUGGGCAAACUCGAUGACGACGGCCGGUUGAUUAGUGCGACAGGCGAAAGCUCUGACGAAGAGACAAAUGCAAUCGUGUCUGAGGUCUUGGAUCUGAUAAAAACGGGUAAAGCGGUCAACGUAGGUCCGCAGGGAAGUACUGUACAUUCCACUGUGGUUCCGCCGUCGCGUCGAUCAAAGCAGGAUGCCAAGUCUUCGACGGAUGGAUCUGUAAACGACAAAGUCAUCACGGCAUUCAACCGACUUGAGAUUUCCGACGCAAAACCGCCACGGCCUCCAAAGAGUGCAACACCAACAAGAGUGGCUCAACCUUCUACUUCAAAGGUUGCACCCCCUGCAUCCAACCCAUUGAUUGUAGAUUCGCCGUCAUACCCUCCCCAAGUCUUGUCACGUCCUCAAAGACCACCCACGGUCAUGUCCUCCAAGGUCCUCGAAACCGAGAAGCGAGCUGCCUCGCCACAAUCAACCGAAAGCGCACCUAAGAAAGUUUCGCGAUUUAUGCGGGAAAGGACAGAGUAG